CGCAUUUGCACUCCUGACACACUAAGUCGGUGUCAGACACUGUAGGUGUCUGUGUUGUGUCUCUGCAUGUCCUGUAAAUUCCACUUCAGCUUCGAGGGACAUUGUGAUGAAGCCGCUGAACUGAUCUCAUUGACAUUUCAGAUUAGCACUAAGCAGAGCACCCCUGCCCCAUCUUUCUCUCUCUCUGAGGGUCUCUGUCAGUGAGAAAGGAUUAAGAUAGCAUUUUGUUUUUAAAAAAAAGAUUUUGGACUGACUUCUUUUUCGGGAGGCUGAAGAACAGGUGGAAGUGCCAGAGCUCAGCUCGCUUUUACACUGGCCUGCAAUCAGCUGGAGGAGUGAGUCUCUCUGUCUGUGGGUUGAAUCUAGUUGGCUUCAACAAUUCUGCGUGAUUCGAAUGCAAACAUUUAUAUUUGCUUUUAGCGAAGAUGAUGAUGGUGAGCGACGACUGCCUGGUGGAGUGUAAGAUUGACGACAGCGAUGAAAACGACGAAGGGGAAGAACAGAUAAACACUCCCCCUCCUCCCCCAGAGUUUGCAUCCAAAUCCUCAACCCCUGCACCCAAAGCUCCAACUCCACCUGGAGCUCUGACUACGCCCAGGGCCCCGACUCCACCCAUAGCUCCAGCUCCACCUGCUGCUCCUCCUACAGCAGCAGCUACUCGUCCUGUCAGCAGGGAUCCUCGUGGUAUCAACCAGCACCUAAAGGUGGAGGUCAGUGAUGUGUUGGCAGAACCCAGCAAACCUCACAGCAUAGACCAAGUGUGGAUUUACAGCGUCACUGGCUUUGAGAAUGCUCGUAUCUGGACGUACCAGUGCCUCUCCUUGCUUUUUGCUGUGCCCUGCGCUCUCGUUUGUGGCAUUUUCCUGGCCAUUCUUACCUGCCUUCAUGUCUGGUUUCUGGUUCCCUGCAUACAGCUGAGCAACACUUUCCUUCCAUGCCUGCGGUCCUUGUGUAUGUGUGCCGUCAACGUUGUCAUCUCUCCAUUCUGUGCAUCUGUUGCUCUCUGCUGCAGCCAAAUCGCAAUUUCACUGUCGAACAAGGACUGGAUUCAAAUGAAAGACAAAGACACAGUAUGAAUGCAAGAUAUGCACUCAGUGGGUGACUGAGUGAAUGCUUAAAUUGGGGGCCUAUUUCUCAUUUCUUUCUUUUUCUUCAUGUUUUUUUUUAUUUAUGUUUUAUUAACCUGCUCUGUUAAUCCUACUCAAAAUGUUUUCUACAUGUAAACCAAUUUCUGCUAUUGUUUCCACCAUCAGGCUAUAAAGAAAUGUACUGCUACUACUGCUACUACUAUUAUUAUUGUUGUUGUUGUUGUUAAUCAUUUGAUUUCUGGUUUAUUUGUAUGAAAGCUGAAACAAACUACAAAUAAAAAUGUCAA